AUGUUGGACUGUGACAAGUCCAAGGAUUGUAAUGGCAGGGCCACAGUCGAUAUCAAAUGUCCGACAACUCUCAAGAGCGGUUCCAGCACCAUCAUCGAUGAUUUUCCCAACGCCACAUACACGCUGCAAGACUCCGAGGGCUUCUGGAAGGACAUUGGUGCCGAGUACGGCAUCGAGGAGUCGUGGGUCAAGUUUGGAAGGAGGUACGUCAGGGCCGGCAAUGGCUGUCAGUUCGCUGGCGCGGACGUCAAGGACUGCAUCGACAGGCAGUCCAGUUGGUUUUACAACUAUCCCAUGAAAGACACGGUCAAGGUCUACAACCCCAAGGACCUAAUCGGCGGCUCGUACGACAAGACCGAGGACCUCCUCUACCGCCUCAAGAUCGUCAGGGAUAAUGCCGAUUACGACGAGCUCAUGCAGUGGUCCGACCUGGUCGACGCCGGAUCCCUACCCGCGUUGACGAUACAGACUGCCGUCGAGAGUAUGGACAAGAUUGUCAAGACUGCCAAGGAUAUCAGCAAGAGAGAGCGCGAGGAGUUCAUCGUCAGUUUCCUCACCGGCUUGCUCUUCUUCAUUCCCUUCGUGGGAGAGGCCGCCGGCGCUACUGGUCUGACGGCAGUUCGCUCCAUGCUGCGCCUGGCAGGGGCGGCUGGCGAGACAGGCCUGCUGUUGCACGACAUCAUCGAGCACCCUGAAAAUGCCUUUAUGAGUGUCUUUAGCUACCUGGCCGGGGCCGGAGUUGGGCGAGCCGGGUUUAAGAACGCCGCCAAUGCGAGACGAUCCAUGAAGGCCAGCGACAUUGACAGUCUGGGGUCGCUGAAGGGGGAUUUGGACCUGAUUGAGACUGUGCGUGGCGUCACUUGUCGUAUCUGA